AUGAUUGCACAACCUUUCUUUCUUGUGACACCAUCCACCCGCGGCCUCUCCUUAGCAAUUACUCGACAUCUUCUCCAGACAACCCAAAGUCCUGUCGUCGCUACUCAUCGCUCGAACAAGCCGGACGCCAUUCGCGAGCGCAUUCUCUCUCCUCUGCAGAAUGUCGACCAGGAUCGAUUGCAUCUGCUCCAACUGGAACUCAAGUCAGAGGAUAGCAUUGCUGCCGCAGCCCAGUCCCUCGCGGACGUUCUUGCCAAGAGCCCGAAAGGCGACGCAUAUAUCCACACUGCUUUCUUCACAGGCGGGGUCUUGCAUCCAGAGCGCCAGCCGGAAGACCUCAUCGCCAGUAACAUCGAGGAAACGUUCGACAUUAACGUCAUCUCACAUCUCAUCCUCAUCAAGCAUUUCUCUCGCUUUCUUCCUCUGCCUCAGUCGCACCACACCUCAUCCGACUCACCGUUGCUGUCAAAGUGGGUUCAUAUCUCCGCGCGCGUGGGGUCCAUUUCAGAUAAUAGGCUAGGUGGUUGGUUUUCUUACCGUGCUUCAAAGGCAGCAUUAAACCAGACAAUCCGCACUUUCGACUUAUACCUCCAACAGAGGAAGAUUCUCGCUCUUUGUGUGGGGAUGCAUCCUGGUACAGUCAAGACCGAUUUGAGCAAAGAGUUCUGGCACGGAGUGCCCGAUGGAAAGCUCUUCGAGCCCGAAGACGCCGCAGCAAAAGUGGUGAACGUCGUGCAAAACUUAGACAUCCGCAACAGAGGAAAAGUGCUAGAUUGGGCGGGAAAUGAGGUGCCGCCAUGA